CCCCAUUUGACAACCUCUCAUUGUCAUCCAUUUGGCAUACCUCUAGAAUGAGAAAUGAAGAUGUUUCGAGCCCUAACUUGAAAUGUUCACAAUUGCAGUUUCGAAAACCAUUCGAUCUCAAUGUGUCCGAACACGAUGGCUCCAACCAACACCACUGCCCCUUCAGAAGAAAACAAGAAGAAGAGAUCAGCCUCAGCCUCAGCCUCGUCCGGUGAAGCUCAAGUUCAAGGAGAUGCCAAGAGAAGCUGCCAUGGCUCUUCUUCUUUUCCAAUUGAUCAUUCUGGAUUUGGCUCCUCAGUUGAUAAUUUGAUUGUUGGAGAAGGAGUUAAUGGUUUUGUUGAGAAAUGGAAAGAAUUCGAGCCUGCGUAUCGGCAAAAGGUUUUCAAGGACAUGAAUACCAUGGCGCAGUCUAUUCUUUCACCCAUCACAAUGAAAGAUGGUGCAAUACACAACUUAUCCUUUUUCCAAGGGAUAAGCCAAAAUGCAAUGGAGAUUGUGGGUGAUUUCUUCGAGGAUUAUUAUCGUCAAAUGGGUCAUACCUAUAUGAAAAAGGAGGCUUCCAAAGAGCAUAAGAGCACUACUCGAAGAAAAAUAGGUAAGUGAAGAUGAGAACUACAACACUGGAGGUAGUGGUGAAGAGGAGACAUGAGAAAGAAUGGCUUAUUGUUUUGACUCUAAACUUGGGCGUGAUUGCAAUAGACUUUAGCUUGUUUUCCUAACCUUGAGAGUUCGUUGAUUUUGGUUAUGGUUUGCAAAAGUUUGGUUUCCAUGCCUGCAUCUUAUAGUUGAAUUGGAGUUUAACUUGAUUUUGUGGUUUGAUCUUUGCUAUAUGUCCUCAAACUUUUGCUUUUGAUUAUAUAUAUUAUGAUGAGAGAUGAUGAUGGUGUUUAGAAACUGUUCACACCUAGUGAAUAUGUUUCGAUGCACUCCGAACCCAACUCGUAUCCUUUUCGAAAAGAAAAAAAAAAUUGAUUUGAGUGUUUGUUGGAAGUAUUUAUUAAAAGAUUUCAGAUCUUAUAUCCAUUGGGGGCAAUGUUUUAAUAAGUUGGA